GCGGUGGUGGCGGUGGCGGCGGCGGCAGCAGCGGGCCGGGAUGAACAGCGGCGGCGGCUUCGGGCUGGCGCUGGGCUUCGGCCUCACCCCUACGGCGGUGAUCCAGGUGACCAACCUGUCGUCGGCGGUGACCAGCGAGCAGAUGCGGACGCUUUUUUCCUUCCUAGGAGAAAUCGAGGAGCUGCGGCUCUACCCCCCGGACUUUCCAGAAGACUUGGAAACUCAAGCCUUGAAGAAAAGUGGAAUUACCCCUCAAAAAGGAAGCAACGCACCUCUUGCUUUUUCUUCCAAAGUAUGUUAUGUUAAGUUUCGUGACCCAUCAAGUGUUGGCGUGGCCCAGCAUCUAACUAACACGGUUUUUAUUGACAGAGCUCUGAUAGUUGUACCUUGUGCAGAAGGUAAAAUUCCAGAGGAAUCCAAAGCCCUCUCUUUAUUGGCUCCUGCUCCAACCAUGACAAGUUUAAUGCCUGGUGCAGGCUUGCUUCCCAUACCGACCCCAAAUCCCCUGACUACAUUGGGUGUUUCCCUUAGCAGUUUGGGAGCUAUACCAGCAGCAGCACUAGACCCCAACAUUGCAACACUUGGAGAGAUACCACAGCCACCACUUAUGGGAAAUGUGGAUCCUUCCAAAAUUGAUGAAAUUAGGAGAACAGUCUAUGUUGGCAAUUUAAAUUCUCAGACAACGACAGCUGAUCAACUACUUGAAUUUUUUAAACAAGUUGGAGAAGUGAAGUUUGUGCGGAUGGCAGGUGAUGAGACUCAGCCAACUCGGUUUGCUUUUGUGGAAUUUGCAGACCAAAAUUCUGUACCAAGGGCCCUUGCUUUUAAUGGAGUUAUGUUUGGAGACAGGCCACUGAAAAUUAAUCACUCCAACAAUGCAAUAGUAAAACCCCCUGAGAUGACACCUCAGGCUGCAGCUAAGGAGUUAGAAGAAGUAAUGAAGCGAGUACGAGAGGCUCAGUCCUUUAUCUCAGCAGCCAUUGAACCAGAGUCUGGAAAGAGCAAUGAAAGAAAAGGCGGUCGAUCUCGUUCCCACACUCGUUCAAAAUCCAGGUCUAGCUCAAAAUCCCAUUCUAGACGAAAAAGAUCACAAUCAAAACACAGGAGUAGAUCCCAUAAUAGAUCACGUUCAAGACAAAAAGACAGACGCAGAUCUAAGAGCCCACAUAAAAAACGCUCUAAAUCAAGAGAGAGGCGAAAGUCAAGGAGUCGUUCACGUUCACGGGACAAGAGAAAAGACACCCGAGAAAAGAUCAAGGAAAAGGAAAGAGUGAAAGAAAAAGAUAGAGAAAAGGAAAGGGAAAAAGAGAGAGACAGGGAGAAGGAACGUGAAAAAGAAAAGGAACGGGGUAAAAACAAAGAUAAAGAACGGGAAAAGGACCGGGAUAAAGACAAGGAAAAGGACAGAGAGAGAGAGCGGGACAAAGAACAUGACAAGGAGCGAGACAAGGAAAAGGAAAAGGAACAGGACAAAGAAAAGGAACGAGACAAGGACAGAUCCAAGGAGAUAGAUGAGAAAAGAAAGAAGGAUAAAAAAUCCAGAACACCACCCAGAAGUUACAACGCAUCAAGAAGAUCUCGUAGUUCCAGCAGGGAAAGACGUAGGAGGAGGAGCAGGAGUUCUUCGAGAUCACCAAGAACAUCAAAAACUAUAAAAAGGAAAUCUUCUAGAUCUCCCUCCCCUAGGAGCAGAAAUAAGAAGGAUAAAAAAAGAGAAAAAGAAAGGGACCAUAUUAGUGAAAGAAGAGAGAGAGAACGUUCAAGCUCUACAAGAAAGAGUUCUAAUGACCGAGAUGGAAAGGAAAAGUUGGAGAAGAACAAUACUUCACUUAAAGAGAAGGAACACAGUAAAGAACCAGAUUUAAGCGUGGGCAAAGAAGUAGAUGACAAGGACGCACCAAGGACUGAGGAAAACAAAGUGCAGCAAAAUGGGAAUUGUCAGCCAAAUGAAGAAAACCUCUCUACCAAAACAGAAGCAGUAUAGAACUGACAGGUGCACCUCUGAACACAGGCUGGAAGAAAAAUCCAAAGCUUUUAAUUCUCUCAACAAGAUGUUAAACGGUGAAGAAAUCCAGUUGAGCAUAAAGAUACAAACUAACAGCUUUCCUAGUUGUUAGGUGACUUUGUGGCCAUCUUGUUACUGAGUAAGAAAAUAAAGCAUGGACAUGGUGAAAAUAACAGGUGUUACCCAAACUCCUCAUCUUCUAGAAUCUGUGCAUUUCCAUGGUGGCUGCCACACUUGUCAUGUGGUUUGUUAGUGUUUGCCAAGAACCAUUACAAAUAAAUGGGACAUCAAAGAUCCAAAUUUGUACUAUCCAUAAAGACUGGAGAUAAGCAUUGGAGGCUCUUUUAAAAAAUGGUAGUUGCUGAAUUUUGUAUUGUUUUACCUUUUUUUUUUUAAAUUUCAGUAUAUACAGAUUUGAUGAUGUGCUUGAAAUCGGUGCAAAUAUAUACACACCCUUGUAAGUGCAGAGUAUGUAAGAAGUUUUAACAUUUACUUCACAGGAUUUACGGUGAUUGUGUUAAAUUCUCACUAUUGUGUUUUCUUUUGCUCACUGUUUAGGACAACAGUUUUUUGUUAAAAUAGUUUUACAGACUAAAAUUGCUUAAAUAAGUGGAUUAAUAGACAACUGACAAUGCAUGCUCCUGUUCUCUUUCAAAAGGAAGAGCACCCAUGCUGAAUACUAAUACUAAUGUAUUAGUAUUCAGUUUAGAAUCAUUGGGUCUCCCCACAAAGUAAGCAUUUCUUUUUGAACUUUCAUGACAUUUCCAAGCUUAUUAUGAAUAAUAUUGCAGUGUGUGUUGUCAGCUGUAGGUGGCAAAGGUGCCAUUAUUAAAAGAAGACUGGGUUUUCAAAAUGGGCUAUGGGAGCACAAGCUGAAGCUUUAGUGCCUUCUACAAUGUGGUAUGCUGUUUUCUAGAAUUUUAUAUGUGCUAGUCAUUCUCAGUUCAUAGGGAACGUAGAUGGAUAUCCCGUUCACUCCCAUAGAGAAGUGUGCAAAUGGUAUGUCAGAAGAGCUUCUCACAUAGUUCACCUAACACAAGGCAAGUCCUGUUUUCAAGAAUGGCUUCAGAGCUUAAAACAACAGUGCAGUUUUGGGACCAUCAGUUUUAUACUGUGAUGAUUGAAAAUGAAGCAUGUUCUUACUUUACUUAAAUCAAAGCAAACACUUUCUCGUCUCCAUUGGAUGGCCUUAAUUAUUACCUCUUAAUCAUCUUCUCAUAAAUGAUGUGCAGAAAUUCUAUGUAAAGGAGAACACAUGAGGUUAUUUGUUUAAGGAUACGUUUACUUGAGUUUAAAAUAUAGGUCGUCCGUUACUCUUAGGCUCACUUUCAGCAGGAAGUAUACAUGUAGUAAAAUGACAACAUUGCUAAUAUUUUCCCCCAAAGCCGUAAGUCAUAAUUUCAGAAAUAUUUUCAUUAUUGUUUUGUUUCCCCAAAUGUUAUACCUUUUGAUUAGCAUGUUAUUAAAAUAAAUCAAGUAUAAUUAUUUUAAUGCAGUCUAAUACAAUCAAAUUACUCCGUUGCCUUACCUCAUGGGAAGAGUUACUUAUAGAUUUAAAAAGCUGAGUAGCACAUCAGUUACUUGGUUUCAACUUGAGUUUUCUUUUAAUGUUAAUACUAUUGAAACUUAAGUAUUUGGUAGAGAACGGAAAGAAUUGCCCCUAUUGCAAUGAAGCCUCGUUUUAUUAUGAAGCUGCUUAAUUACUCUUCAUGUGUUCAGAAUUACUGUGUUUUUUUUUUCCUUUUUUGUCACUGUGUACAUUAAAAUUUUUGAAAAUGCUUUACUAUGUAAAGUAUAGAUGGUCAUUUUAAUCAUUCAACCACAUACGGUUGGCUGGUAAACAGCUUAUUCUGAUACAAGAAUGCUUGGGUGCAUAUGGAAAGAUUGUGGAGGAGUGUGUGUCUUGCAUCAACAGCUGUCUUAUUUAUAAUAUGUAAGUAGAAUAGAGCAAAUGUUGUUUGAAUCUUUGUUAUUUUUAGUACCAUUUCUCUAAUAAAGCCAAGUAUUUUAGAGGAAAGUAUUUGUUUAUGCAUUUCAAAACAGCAUCUUAGUUUAUCAUGUUUAUCUUGUUUUAGUUGGCAUAGAGAUUGUUUCGACAUGGAGAGUACAUGUUUGUUUGGUGUCUAUAAAACAAUCAUUUAAAGUUUGAGUUAUUUCUUGUACUCUGGACUCCUAAUGUUUUCUUUGUUGGCAGUUAAUUUGGUGCUUGCUGCUAAUUAUUUUUCCUGCUGGUGACAUUCAGCUUUAAAAUAAUGACAUUUCUUUUGAAAGACACUGAUUUGUAAAAGUUGGACAUGAAUUGAGUAGGGAUGCAAGAGAUACAAAGAAAGUGAAAAAAUGUCUUUAAGUGGGCUUACAGAAGCAGUGUAUAGGGCCUGGAGGUGAGUGGUUGCGUGCGUGCGGGCGCAUGCGUGAGAGAGAUUGAGAGAUCGAGAAAGAAUGAGAGAGAGAAAGACAUAUUUUUUUCUUUGUUCACUUAUAGGAGCCUGGUAGGUUUCCAUUUAUUAUUUUCUUUCAAGGCAUUUUGUUUUUUCUUUAAGGCUAUUCUCUUUCAACCCAGGUAGAUGUUGUCAGGAAAACUUGAGGUAAGGCCGAGAAGACAGCUUUUUAUACUUGAUCCCUUCUGUAAUUAUCUUUUUUAGCUUGAUUAUACAGAGAGUACAUUCUGUUCCCUAAUUGUGUUGCUAUUCAUCAUUUUAGACAAAUUCUGUUGAUCUUGUUCUUUCUUUUCAGCAGUGCAUAAUGAAUUAUUUAUAUUAAGAUGGCCUUCAUAAUAAGCUGGCUAGUUUCAUAUGUGAAAACAAGUAUGAAUCCUUAACUUCUGCAAUUAUCUCCUUAUUAUUCUCCAUCUAAUCUAAUUUAUAAUCGCAAACACUAAUUGUGAUUUUGUUCAGAAUUCUUAUAUUCAAGAGUUCUAUAUAUGCUGUGUUGAUCUUCAGAAACGUCAGAGGCUUAAAUUUUGACAUGCUUAAUAGUAAAAACUCAUGUUUAGAAUCCUUUCUUUUUUGUGAAGAAAAUAACUUCAUUUGUGAUGUUAUUUCCAGGACCUCAUUCAUUCCUAUAUAUAUGUUUCUGUCUUUAUCUUAAAACUUAAAAAGCCCUGAAUCCAAAUCACCUCUGAAGGUUCUAAUUUUAAGAAUUACGGUAUGUAGUAAUAGGCUUUUAAACAUUUAAAAAAUCUAUUAGAAAUAAUAUGGUUUGAAUUAAAUCUUUUUUUUUUUUUUUAAGUAGUUGAAUUAGCUGUUAAAAUGAGUCUUUGGAGGGAUGCAUCGCAUAGCUUAAAAUUUCAGGGAAUUGUAUCUUCACUCAAACAUAGUAUCUGAUUCUAACUGCGUGGGUUAUAAAGUAGAGCCAUUUCCACAAAGUAUGUUCCUUACAUGUUUAGGUUUUUAAAAAAAUUUUUACUACCUACAUACUUAGUAAUCUCACAUUUAUUUAACUAGUGUAAUAUUCAUUUAAAAUUGUUUCUUUUCAGAUUUCAAAAGGUAGUGCUCUUAAAAGGGCUAAAUUAUAUUUCUGGAAGCAGUAGUCAAGUAUAAUGUAAUAGUCUUUUAAAAUGAAAUUGACUUCCCUAUUUAAUUUUGGGGUUGUGGAUGAAUUUGUUUUUCUUAAAUCUUCUCUUGGUGAUUCUGUCUGAAGAUUGAUACAUUAUUUUAAAAAUAAUAGCUAGAGCUGUUAAUGGUUUUUGGUCCCUAUUCAGGCUGGUAGUAUGUAAUCACUAGAUUUCUUUCCAUUCUAAAGAUAUUUUUAUAGUUCCUAGCAACUAAUUUGUUAAAAUUAUUAGUUUAUAUUUAAUAUAGCUUUUCUUAAUACAUUGUUUUUAAAAGCAAGGUUUUAGUUUGUUGCCUGAUUUUUAAAUUUACUUUGUAUCUAACAUUUUCAUUUCAAAAAUUGCCAACUUUUGUGAAAUUUGACAUAUUUUACUGCUGAGAUUUAUUUUCCUGGGAUUGGAAUGGAAUUAAUAUAGUUUUCUCCACUCUUGAUUAACUUUUAUUUGCUAGAUAGUUAAUUUCUUGACUAUAUGUGCAAGUUCAAGUAUAUGAAAAUCAUAAUGAAGAAGUUAGAGUUGAGGAGACGGAGUUUUACCAACUUGAGGCUGUGUGUGGUAGGCAACAACCUCUUGGGGAAUGAUCUCUGGUUUCCACAGAAGAUGACUUUUGGGUGUAUUGUGUAGUUGUAUAGGUAGUUCGGUUUAAUAGUUAAAUAUUACUCUCCUGAAUCUUACAAUAGUGUUCUUCACAUAAUGCGAUGGAUUAUUAAGGGAAGAGUUUAAAAUGUAAACAUAAAGAUGCUGCAUAGGUGGUGUAUAUUUAUGUGAGUAGGACUACUUCUAAGUGGACUAGUAAAGAUUUAUCAAAUGAUGCUGCUAUUGUGUUGCUAUAUUUUUAAUAAAAACGAAAAUCUUAAAAUGUU